UUAUAUUUUAGUCAUAAUUACAUAUAAGUUUCUUUUCAUUUGAGCUCCGCUCCAUAAUACAAAGACUUUAUACUCCAGUUUGCAUUAAAAUGCAGUUCAAUUUGUUCAUUGCGAUGCAAAUUUUUCAAAUUUCUCCAUUCAUUUCGGCAAAAUCUACAGCAGAUUAUUUUGAUUCAAUAGAGAAUCUAGUUGGGGAUAUAAAAGAAACUAUUUGUGAAGAUCCAGAUAAAUUAUAUUCGAGAAUACUCUCAGAAUGCUUUCACGAAACCAAUCUUUAUAAAUACAAACGCGCAUUCAAAGAAUGUUAUGUUGGAAUAGAAGUAGUAAAUGGUAAAAAGCUCUAUGAUUGGAUUUGCUCUCAUACAGAUGAAAGCGCUGAAAAGGCCGAUAAAUGCAUAGAAGAAAAAAUUAAUCAGCAAGCGGGUGAAGAUACUUUUUCUGAAUUGACUUAUGAUGUGAUGAACUGCACCAUAUCAAAACUUCCAUCUGAGGACUACAAAAGAAAGUGAUGGAUCCAAAUGCUACUGAAGCCAUUUUUUUAUCAUGUAUAAAGAAGAGAAAUUUUAGAAAAUUAUGUAAAUUUUGUUGAUGUUAAUUAAAAAAAUAAAUAAAGUGACUUAGAAAUUGUAUAUAAAAGAAUGUGCAGAGUU